AUAGCAGUGGCACUGCCAAAAGCAGUGCAGGCUGGGACGGGCAGAACGGCAGGGAAGCCUGGGAAGGAAGCUGGGGACAAUUGACGACCAGGGACAGCCGAUGGCGCGGGCAUGCUCCAGGCUGCUGCAGUGCGACAGGCCUCGGGACCCAGAUGCAUGAAGCUGUCCUACAAGAAGGCGGAAUGCCUGCCUGCAUCACAGGAGCUAGCGGAACGCCCGUCAAAUGCUCAAAUGGUCCCCAGAAUGGCUGCAGUGCUGAGGAGGCUUUCUGCCAUUGUCCUGGGUGUGCUGGAGCUGGUGCUGGCAGCCAUUACGUUGCUGCGGGUUGUUGUGGUUGUAGGGAUUGCCCUGGCUGCGCGUGUCCUGGCCUACCCUCCAGCAUGCACAGCCGUCUGCCUGUGCUGUGGGCAGCAGCUGCACUCCCAGAGCCAGGGGGCAGAGCAGGGGAGCUCGGGAAGGGGGGUGCGGGCCACAGCUACCGCUGAUUGCGAGGGGGAGCACCCGAGAGGUGCAAUGCAUGCCACAAGCUAUUCUUCCUCUCGAGCAGACUCUUGCGGAAAGGAGACCAAUGGGGUCUCAGACAGUGCCAAAGUGCCAAGAUGUCAGGCAUGGUCCCAGGACCACUCCCUCUUUGACCAGAAGGUGGACUGCUUGGAGCGAAGGGAUGCCCUGCGCGGGCUAGCCUGCGCCGUCCGCAGAGAGUGCCGCUCGACGGCAGUGCCAGCUCGUGGAGACUCUCCUAGUGGCCAGGACUGCCUAAUGAGGGGCACAUGCGGGGCCCAUGAGGGUGGCCCCACAUCUCCAGCUGUCGUACUCUCAAGCAUGCAGACAAAAAGCACCCCUGCUGGGAUGUCUCUCCAGCUCAGCCUUGCUGUUGACAUAGGAAGGGGUGCCUGCCCGUCCAAUCAAUGCACGCACGCCGACACUUUAGCAGGCCAUGUGGCCCCUGGCUCCUGCAGUGGCGCUGUCGGUGCUUCUGGGCAGUGGCCAUCGGUGGAAGAGUUGCAACAGGAGCUGGACGAGGAGCGGAGCGCCGCAGAGGAGGCCGCCGCAGAAGCUCUACGAAUGAUCACGCGCUUGCAGAGUGAGAAGGCUGCCCUGGCGGCCCAGCUGCGGCAGGCGGCGCAGCGUGAGCAGGAGGCGGCGCUGCAGCACGGCGCGCUGGUGGACGCACUGGAGGGGGCCAUUGCACAGCUGGAGCAGGAGCGCGCCGCGCGGCACCGGGAGAAGAGGCACCACCGCGCGCGCUUCGAAGCACACGGGGCACGCUGGCAGCCCGGCUGCGCACGCUUGGCUUUGCUGGACGCAUGGCACGAGGGAGGGGCAGUCCCCGUGCAAGUGCAGCCCGUGCUACUAGGAGGGCCGCACGGGGGGGUGGAAAGAGGGGCUCCAGGCCUGCUGCUGGCCACUGCAGCGGAGGACGCGCAGUGGCCACGGUGCGAACCCAAGGAAGGGGCGCAACUGACGGAGGUGAACGAAAUGGGGGGCAGGCUGCACUCUGGGGGCCAUAAGGCGAUAGCAAGCGGAGUGGUCGAAGAGGAGGGUGGUAGAGAGGCGCCAGCUCAGCAGACUGCCCAUGACGGGGCAGAGAGUGGGGGGGAAGCAUUGCAGAGUGGCGGGAAACUGAGCGAUGCGUCGCCAGAGUUAGGGAGUCAAAGGACCAAUGCUGACGAAGGACUUGUGGGAAACAAGGGCGGCAGCGGCGCAGGAGUCUUGCAAAGGCACGUGUCGCUGGUCUCGCACCCUGUUGAGGAUGAGUGGCCAGACAGAGAGUGCGGGGGUACCGCAGCGCUGGAGCAGGAAGCGGGGGAAGCCGGCGGCAAGGAACAGAGUCCACUGCAGCCAGGGGCAACGGGAGUGGGCUUGGCUGCAGUUGUGGGUGCUAGCCAGCAGGACUACAGCCCCGACAGAGCUCAGCCCCAACCUGGAAGCUGUUCCGAAGGAGACCAGGCCGAAAUUGUUCUGCAGCAACAGCCUGGGCGAGAGGUCGCACGAGCUUCCAGGUGCGAGGUGGGGUGCCAGGAAAACAGCUCUGAUUGCACAAGUACGGAGCGCUGUGGCAAGCCGGGGGGGAUUAGUAAAGCAGAUUGUGGGUCGAGCCGUCGAGGCGGCAGUCCUCUCAAGCUUCCAGAGGAAGGCGUCAGUGAGCCCAUGAGUGACUGGCUUUUGUCCAUCGGAGGACAAGAAGCACGACAGUCAAGGCAAGAAAACGGAGACCACGCUGAUAGGUCCAACGAAGGCGCCUGCAAUGGAAGAAUCCGAGAAACGGACCAUGCAUUGGUCCGGAAACGGGAAGCAAGCGUGCUCCAGGAGCAGCAGGAGAACGGGGGCGGGGUGCCCAGCCCAGCCACAAGUGAGUCAAAAGCCGCAGACUCCGCGCACCGCAAACAGCAGGCAGUAGAGCUCGCAGAUCCGGGUUGCUCGGUGGUGGCAGCGGGAGGUGCGGUGUCGGGCGAGCUGGCGGGGAAGCUGGCGUCGCGGCGCAAGUGGGAGCAGAUGUGGGAGGAAAAGGGGCGGCAUCUCUGGAGCAGCCCAUCCGUGGCCAUCAAAGAAAGACCGGUGCGGGGGGGCGUACGGCGAUCCUUGUUUGGAGAAGGUAGUCAAGACAACACCACUGGAAAAGCUGGGAGCAUCCGAGAUCGGUAUGAUUCUGCAGAGCAGAAUGAGCACUGUAGCCCAGGCGACACGCUUACGGCUACCUCGAUGCAAAGACCUGAGAUUGUCACGUCAGCUACACAGCCCCACACCCCAGAUUCGCUUUCCACCGAACUUGCUAGAAAGCUAGCCAGCAGAAGAAAGUGGGAGGUCUCCUCCGAAGUGACCAAAUCCUCCGCAUGAGAGCACCUAGGAAACAGUACUUCGAGGGGUCGUAUUAGAAAAGCAGCACGUGUCAUUUAACGGGUUUAGUCCGGUCACAGAGAGAUCACGCUUUAGAUAUUUCGCGAGUAGCUGCCCUAAUUGCUAAAUGAGCAUGUUCGACAGACCGUGUGCAACAUUAAUGUCAUGCCGCUGAUCGACACAUAAGAUCGAUUAAUCUGAC